UAACGAUCGGUUGUAGCAAAAGUAGCAGCAGUUAGCGAGCGCGUCCCACAUUACGUAUACGCAACGUGCAGCAUGAGCAAGAGUCAAGGCGAUGUUGAGGCGCCGCCUGUGGUGGGAGCAGCAGCUGCAGCCAAUGGACAACAGAAGCAGUCGAGGCCCAGCAAUGGCCACGCCCACCAGCAGCAACAGCAGCAGACGAAUGGCAAUGGCUACCAUCAGAACGGGGGCGGCAGGCGUGACUCGACGCAGGCCUUUACGCCGCUGCUCGCACAGCACAACAGCACGAAUGGGGGCGACGGGAGCACCGCCACGCCCACCGCGCCAACGACAAUGCUGUACGAGAGCACGCCGAGCAACAACAACGAGUGGAAGGCGUCGGAGGACAUCAACAAUCUGAAGAACGGGCUGCUGAGCAACAACAAUGGCAACGGGCACAGUCUGCGCGAAAAGUAUGCGCACGAGCAGGCACCACUGACUGGCGGCUACAAGCUGCCUCCUGGCGGCGGUGCCGGUGGCGGGGCACGCGGCAGUGAGUCCGAAGAAUCCGACUUCGAUUCGGAUCUGAAUGGCGGCGGCGAUGAGGGCUCCAAUUGCGGACUCUUUGGCUGCCGGCCACGAUGGGCGCGCCGCUUUGCCUCGACGCACGUGUUCAUGGUGGUGUUCCUGCUGGCCUACAUACUGCAGGGCAUGUACAUGACGUACUUCGUCUCCGUGAUCACCACCAUCGAGAAGCUUUUCCAGAUCAAGUCGAAGACAACGGGUUUUCUGCUCAGCGCCAGCGAGAUGGGCCAGAUCAGCACUGCGAUGCUGCUCACCUAUUUCGCGGGACGUGGCCACCGACCGCGCUGGAUCGCCUGCGGCAUGGUAUUGUUCUCCAUCGCGGCCUUCGCCUGUGCCCUGCCCCACUUCAUUUUCGGCGAGCAGCUGAUGCAGUCGAGCGUGUUCCUGCAGCCACAGACGCCGGCCGUUAGCGCCGCCUCGUCCCCCCUGUGGAGCAAUGCCACAGAUCCGAAUCUCUGCACGCUGGGCGGGAACGGCACACUGGCUGGCAGCGAAUGCAAUGAGCAGCGCCAGCUGGAGCAAGCCUCGCACUCCAAGAUCACGGUCAUCGUGCUCUGCAUCUUCUUUGGCAGCCUGCUCAGCUCGGGCAUCGGGCAGACGGCUGUGGCCACCCUGGGCAUACCCUACAUCGAUGACAACGUGGGCAGCAAGCAGUCGCCCAUGUACAUGGCCGUUACUAUCGGCAUGCGCAUCCUGGGCCCCGCCUCCGGCUUCAUUGUGGGCAGCUUCUGCACGCGCUGGUAUGUGAACUUUGCCAAUCCGGGCUUCGAUGCCAGCGAUCCGCGCUGGAUCGGCGCCUGGUGGCUGGGACCCGUUGCCAUCGGCAGCCUCAUGCUGCUCGCCUCCAUUGCCAUGUUCUCGUUUCCCAAGCAGCUGACCGGCAAGCAGCAGACGCAGGCAGCUGCCGCCAUUGCCGCCGCUGCACCCGAGCCGGAGGAGAAACCCAAGCUGAAGGACUUCCCCAAGACUGUGCGCCGCCAGCUGAGCAACGAUAUACUCAUGUUUCGCACAGCCUCGUGCGUCUUUCACCUGCUGCCCAUUGCGGGACUUUAUACAUUUCUGCCCAAGUAUCUGGAGACGCAGUUCCGGUUGGCCACCUACGAUGCGAACAUGAUCGCCGCCUUCUGCGGCAUCCUCGUCAUGGGCAUUGGCAUCGUCAUCUCAGGUCUAUUCAUAUUGAAGCGCAAGCCAACGGCUCGCGGCGUUGCCGCCUGGAUCGCCUUCACAGCGCUCGUCUACUCCGCCGGAAUGAUUAUACUCAUGUUCAUCGGCUGCAGCACCAACGAUUUUGCUGGCUACAAGCCGGGCGAUGCCAACAGCCCCGCCAUGAUUGAGCCCGCCUGCAGCGCCGUGCUCAACUGUACCUGUGAUAAGGAGAACUUCGCGCCCAUUUGCGGCACCGAUGGCAAAAUGUACAUCUCGGCCUGCCAUGCCGGCUGCAGCAGCUCCCAGCUGCGUUUCAGCGACAAUCGCACACUCUACACCGAUUGUGCUUGCAUUCCAAAUGUUGCUGAGGCAGUCACUGGUUACUGUGAUAAUAACUGCAAGAACUUCAUCUACUUUAUAGCGAUUUUUGCCAUUUGCGUAUUUAUGCAUUCCACCUCUGAGGUGGGCAGCAUGCUGCUCGUCAUGCGCUGUACACAUCCUAAGGAUAAAGCCAUGGCCAUGGGCGUCAUCCAGUCAGCCAUUGGCCUGUUUGGUAAUGUUCCUUGCCCGAUUAUCUAUGGCGCUGUGGUGGACUCGGCCUGUCUCAUCUGGAAAUCGGUUUGUGGCAAACAUGGCGCCUGUUCGCUCUACGAUGCGGACACCUUCCGGCAAUACUUUUUGGGCAUUACGGCUGGCAUUAUGUUUUUGGCGUUCCUCAUGGAUUUGGUCGUUUGGCGGAAGGCGCAUCGCAUUGAUAUUGCGCCGGACCAGCAGGACGGCACAACGAAUGCGACAGCUACACGUUUGGAUGUUUCCGAGUCCAAGCAACCCAUUGCACCGCCACCGGAUACGACGGUCUAGGUCGUGCAAAUACGAAAAAAAGGAAACAAAAAAACAGAACCCACAUCCACACACACACACACACAUUGCAAGAUUUCCAAUAAAUGUUUACCUUAAUUGUUAA